AUGGUGGCAGUCGUUGUUCUGGUAGAGUUGAGGUUCUUCAUGAUGGUCAGUGGAACAGUGUGCGAUGAUUACUGGGAUCUGAAAGAUGCUGAAGUGGUUUGUAAAGAGGUGGGCUGUGGUGAGGCUUUAGAGGCUCUGGGUAGUGCUCACUUUGGACAAGGAUCAGGACCAAUCUGGAUGGAUAAUGUGGACUGUAGUUUAAAGACCUCACUAAAGAACUGUGGAUCAAGAGGAUGGGGUGUUCACUACUGUGGUCAUAAUGAAGAUGCUGGAGUCAUCUGCUCAGGUCACAAAGUUCCUAGACUUGUUAAUGGAUCUCAUCUGUGUUCUGGAAGAGUGGAGCUGGUUCAUGGGAAGACAUGGGGCACAGUGUGUGAUGCUGUGUUUGAUGAUCAGGAUGCAGAGGUUGUGUGUAGAGAGCUGAACUGUGGGGUUCCUGUACAGCUGCUGGGUGCAGAUACUUUUGGUAAAGGAGAGGGGCAGGUGUGGACACAAGAGAUUCAAUGUAGAGGAGAUGAAUCACAAAUAUACUUCUGUCCACAUCAAUCUUCAAACAAGAACAACUGUUCACAUGACAAUGAUCUGAUAUUUUUCUGCUCAGGUUACACAGAGCUCAGACUGAUGAACGGCUCUGAUAUCUGCUCUGGUCGAGUUGAGCGUCAGUAUUUCAGUAAAUGGGGCUCAGUGUGUGAUGAGUGCAUGAAUAUGAGAGCUGCCAAUGUUCUCUGUAGACAGCUGAAUUGUGGGAUUGCUGUGUCUGUUGUGGGAGUGGACUGGUUUGGAGAGGGAUCUGGUGAAAUCUGGGCUGAUGUGUUUGAUUGUCAGGGGAAUGAAACAAAACUCUCAGAAUGUUCAAUCUCUUCAUGGAGUCGAGCUGAAUCCUCUCAUAAACAAGAUGUUGGAGUCAUUUGUUCUAAUUCCUCUCUGUCUCUUCAUGAUGGUCGAGUGAGGUUGUCUGGAGAGAGAGAGUGUGAGGGUGAGGUGGAAGUUUACAUUCAUCAGGUUUGGAGGAGAGUUCUGCUGGACUCCUGGAGUCUCACUGAAUCCUCUGUGGUCUGCAGACAGCUGGGCUGUGGCUCUGUGCUGAAGUUCACUAACUCCUCUUCAUCCAGUGAUGAACACAGUUAUGAGUGUGUGAUGGGCUUCCAGUGCUCUGGGACUGAAGAUCAUCUGAGGAACUGCAGCUCUCCACAAACUCUCAACUGCAGCACAACACAACAGCUGGCAAUCACCUGCCAAAGUCAGAAGUCCAUCAGGUUGGUGGGUUCUGGUGGAGAUUGUGCAGGAAGGCUGGAGGUUUUUCACAAAGGCUCAUGGGGUACAGUGUGUGAUGACUUCUGGGAUAUUAAAGAUGCUCAUGUGGUGUGCAGACAGCUGCAGUGUGGAGUGGCUCUCAGUAAUCAGCCAGUACCAGCCUGGUUUGGUCCUGGUUCUGGACCCAUAUGGCUGGAUGAUGUGAACUGUGAGGGGAAUGAGAUGUCACUCUGGAGCUGCUCUUCACGGGUCUGGGGAGAUCAUGACUGUAAACAUCUGGAUGAUGUAGGAGUCGUGUGCUCAGAGUUUAAAGAGUUCAGGUUAACUGAAGGCUGUGAAGGGAAUGUGGAGGUUUUCUUCAAUGGAUCUUGGGGUAAUGUUUGCUACAAUCAGAUGAACAGAGACACAGCGAGUCUGAUCUGUCAAGAGCUGAACUGUGGAAGAUCUGCCAGUGAACCCAAUUAUUCGGAUGGACUAAGGUUUCAGAAUUGGUUGGAUUACUUUAAAUGUCGAUCACAUGACUCCACCUUAUGGCAGUGUCCAUCUUCACCUUGGGGGCAGAACGACUGUAAUGAAGAUGAAGUGGCCAAUAUUAUCUGCUCUAGUGAGAUGAAAUUAAAAAAAACGGUUUUGAGAGAUUUCCAAUUAUUUCCUCACCAGAGACAAUGUUCAAAUCAUCUUCCUCUCAGACUGAGUGGAGGGAAGGGUUUGUGUUCGGGGAGACUGGAGGUUUAUCAUAACUCUGUGUGGGGUUCAGUCUGUGAUGAUCUGUGGGACAUCAGAGAUGCUCAGGUGGUCUGCAGGCAGCUGGGUUGUGGAGCAGUAUUGAGUGCUGAUGGGAAUGAAGUGUUUGGUGCUGGUGAAGGUGUUGUGUGGAUGAACAGAGUCGAGUGCAGAGGGACUGAGAUUCACCUGUGGGACUGUCCUCAUGUCCUGAAAAAACACACUGACUGCUCACAAAAAGAACAAGUUAGACUCAUCUGUGCAGGUGAGAGGAAAACACUGAGAGAUGAUUUGAUGUAACCAUUGAACACAAAACUAGUCAUAAGGCUCAAAAUUACAGUCAUAAUAGUUUUAAUAAAUUAAGAUUUACAUCAUCUGAAGUUUGAAUAAAUAAGCUUUCCAUUGAUUUAUGGAAUAGGACAAUAGUUGGCCGAUAUACAACUAUUAGAAAAUGUGGAAUCGCUUCCAAUGUUCAAAUUUGGCCACAUUUUGGUUUAUGCAGUGCUCAGAUAAAUCUAUGGGCCCUAUUUUAACAAUCUGAAACGCAAGUGCGAAGCGCAAAGCGCAGGUGACUUUGUGGGCGGAUCUUGGGCGCUGUUGCUAUUUUCCCAGCAGUAGAAAUAACU